CAGGAACUGAGAAGAAAAGAAAGGAAAUGGAAUGGUCAACGACAAGCAACGUAGAAAACGUGAGAGUUUCUUUUAUGCCGCCACCAUGGCCGGAGUCAAGCUCCUUUAACACGUUCCACAGCUUCAACUAUGAUCCCUAUGCUGCAGGAAAUUCAUACACGGCUGCCGAUACGCAAACCGGACCGGUUAUAUCUGUACCGGAAUCAGAAAAGAUCGUAAAUGGGUACCGUUUUCCGAGCAACAACAACGAGAUGAUAAAAAAGAAGAGACUAACGAGUGGACAAUUAGCCUCACUCGAACGGAGUUUUCAAGAGGAGAUCAAAUUAGAUUCAGACAGGAAGGUGAAGCUGUCGAGGGAACUUGGUCUGCAGCCACGUCAGAUAGCGGUUUGGUUCCAGAACCGCCGUGCACGGUGGAAGGCGAAGCAGCUCGAGCAGCUGUACGACUCGCUUAGGCAAGAAUACGACGUCGUUUCUAAAGAGAAACAGAUGCUACAUGAGGAGGUGAAGAAGCUGAGAGCUAUACUAAGAGACCAGGGUUUGAUCAAGAAGCCAAUUUCCGGCGGGACCACCAAGAUUUCCGAUGGGGAAGACACGACGGAGAUUCCAUCGGUGGUGGCAGCUCAGCCAAGAACAGAAAAUCUCAACACCAAUCAAAUCAAUGGAGGAAAUCAAAUUUACGGCAUUGAUCAAUACAACAAUCCUAUGGUGGUCACUUCUUCUUGCUGGCCGCGUUACCCGUGAUAGCUGCUGCUGAUCUUAGAGAGAGAGAGAGAGAGAGUCUCAAACAAAGAGUUUAGAGUAGGAGGACUAUAAGCGGUGUUAGACUAAUACAAGCUUUUGCUCAUUGUUGUACCAUCUUUAAACCUUAAAUGAA